AUGCUGCUCCUCGCCGUGUCGGCCGUAGCGGCCGGGUUCCUGAAGGCGUUCCGGCUCGCGGUCCUGCUGUGGCCGUUCAACCUCGCGCUGCCGCUGGCACGCGACCUGCCGCGGGCCUGCAUCACGCUCCGUGGCAUCGUGUCCUUCUACGCCGCCGGACUGCGGGGCUACGUCGCCGGCGCCCGGCGCGGCGUGCAGCUGCUGCAGGCGCGGAGCCUGCUGGGCCAGCAGCAGCAGCGACAGGACGGUGGAGCCUCCUCCUCCUCCUCGGCACGCGGCGUGGGCCGCGUGGCAAGGACGCGCGAGGAUGCCGUCGCGCAUGCCAUGCUCGCCUUCGACGAUAUCUAUUGA